UACACACACACCAUACCACGGAGCGCAGACCCCUGUUCAACCGCCGAGCCAAGCGUGCACCGACCAAAAAGGCCAGCUUGAGCUUCACAUGGGACCCGCAAGGUGAAAGUGGGACCCUCCUGCACUUCGGAGCGAGAAGACAUCGACCACUUUCGGGCCACAUUGCGCAAAACGUCAACCGGACAAUCUCAGCCAGCAUUUGGGACGGUGCUGACCUUGGAGUGUAUCUGAUUAUGAGCCGGAUCAUUUUUCGCAACGAAGGUCCCCGGUGACGAUCUCGAGACGAUCUCCCUACCCCCGCCCCCUUCAACUCGGUAUAAACGGGGUAUUGACGAGCCAUUGUUGCCGACGGCGUCCCGCAGGAGACACCCAAAAUGGCCGAAUACGCCAUGUACCACGCCCUCGGCCAGGGUGAACAGCUCAAUCCCGACGACCCGAACCGGACGACGCAGCCAGCUGCUCCCCAGUUCCAACCCCCUGUCGCUCCCAAUCCGUAUCAGACCGCGGUCGGCCAGACGUCGUACUAUGGCACACCGUCAGCGGCUGGUGUCCCGCCGGGGCCGAAAGCACCUGGGUACGGGCAUCCUCAGUCCCCUGGAUACUUCGCGGGGCAACAACCUCCGACCGAUGACGCGGGGCUGGCGGCGCAGAUGGGUGGCAUGAGCCUCAGGGGUGACGCUGCCCAGGGGACGGUCAGAAAGAAGAAGAAGGACCGCCACGCAUACCACCACGUUGAGGCACCUACAGGCUCAUCCCAAGCGUUCAACGGGAUGCCCCCGGCAGGCACACCCGCUACGGCAUACCUCAACGCUGAUCCUUCCGCGGCCGCCCCCCGCUACGGCCCCGGCGGCCUCUCACCUCAGAUGAGUCAGUCCCAGUUUCCGGCGCCCGUGAGCCCUGGAUUCGCGCCCGUCCCUGCCUCUCCCGCCGAGUUUGCCGCCAGGAGCGGUUACGUCGACGCUGGGCCAUCGCCGACCAUGAUCUCCACAUCGGGACAGACCAGGGUGUCUCCGGACGAGAUGCCGAGUGUGCCCCUUUCCCGAGAUUCUGUGCAGCAAUACUUCUUCAACAAUGUGUAUCCGACAUUCGAACGGCUGGUCCCUCCUCCAGCCACGGUCUCGUUUGUGGCUUUCGAUCAGGGGAACGCUUCGCCCAAGUUUGCGCGCCUCACUAUGAGCAACAUACCUGCCACAGCAGACGGACUUCGAAGCACCGGUCUACCGCUCGGCCUCGUCCUACAGCCGCUGGCCCCGCUCCAGGCCGGCGAGCUUCAUAUCCCGGUCCUGGACUUCGGCGAUAUGGGCCCUCCGCGCUGCCACAGAUGCCGCGCCUACAUCAACCCCUUCAUGAUGUUCCGCUCCGGCGGCAACAAGUUCGUUUGCAAUUUGUGCGGCUAUGCGAACGAUACACCUUCGGAGUAUUUCUGCGCUACCAGCCCUCAGGGUGUCCGCGUGGACCGGGAUCAGCGGCCAGAACUCAUGCGGGGAACAGUCGAGUUCAUCGUGCCGAAGGAGUACUGGACCAGGGAACCGGUCGGCAUGCGCUACCUCUUCUUGAUCGACGUAACACAAGAGUCGUUCAACAAAGGGUUCCUCGAGUCCUUCUGCGACGGUAUCCUGCGGACGCUGUAUGGCGCUGAGGAUGACGAGGAGAAGGAUGAGAACGGUGAGGUCAAGCGGAGGAUACCGGGAGGCGCCAAGGUUGGCUUUGUGACGUUUGAUAAGGAGGUCCACUUCUACAACGUCAGCCCGGCGUUGGAACAAGCUCAGAUGAUGAUCAUGCCGGAUAUCGAGGACCCUUUUGUGCCACUAAGCGAAGGCCUGUUUGUCGACCCCUACGAGUCCAAGACGGUCAUCACCUCCCUGCUCACUCGCCUUCCCCAAAUGUUCUCGACCAUCAAAAACCCCGAACCAGCCCUUCUGUCGACUCUGAACGCCGCAGUUGCCGCGCUGGAGAAGACCGGUGGCAAGAUCUUCUGCUCCCUUGCGGCUCUCCCUACUUGGGGGCCCGGCCGCCUGUUCAUGCGGGACGACGGCAAGCAUCCGGGGGGUGAGCCGGACAAGAAGCUGUUCAGCACCGAGCACCCCGCGUGGAGGAAGGUUGCCGAGAAGAUGGUUUCGGUGGGCGUUGGCGUUGACUUCUUCAUGGCCGCCCCAUCGGGCGGUUAUCUGGACAUUGCCACAGUUGGCUACGUGUCUGCUACCACUGGCGGCGAGACUUUCUACUAUCCCAACUUCAUCGCUCCACGGGACAACACCAAGCUGUCCAUGGAGGUCAAGCAUGCGGUGACCCGGGAGACGGGCUAUCAAGCUCUGAUGAAAGUCAGAUGCUCCAACGGCUUGCAGGUUACGGGCUAUCACGGCAACUUCAUUCAACACACCUUUGGCGCCGACCUCGAAAUUGGCGUCAUCGAUGCCGACAAAGCGCUCGGCGUGGAGUUUGGUUACGAUGGAAAGCUCGACUCGAAGCUCGACGCGCACUUCCAGGCGGCCCUGCUCUACACGUCCGCCUCAGGCCAGCGGAGGGUCAGGUGUAUCAAUGUCAUCGCUGGCGUCAGCGAGAGCGCACGGGAUAGCGUCAAGUUCAUUGACCAGGACGCUGUCUACACCACUAUCGCCAAGGAAGCCUCUACCAAGCUGGCCACCACCUCCAGCACCCUCAAAGACAUCCGCCUCAGCCUAACAGAAAAGACAAUCGACGUUCUCGCAAACUACCGCAAACACUUCCUCUCGCAAACCCACCCACCAGGCCAGCUGGUCAUGCCGGAACGGCUCAAAGAAUUCUCCAUGUACAUGCUCGGCAUGGUCAAAUGCCGGGCCUUCAAAGGCGGUUCCGAAUCCUCGGACCGCCGCGUCCACGAGAUGCGCCUCAUCCGCUCCAUGGGCCCGCUCGAGCUGAGCCUCUACCUCUACCCGCGCAUGAUCCCCAUCCACAACCUGCAGCCUGAGGACGGGUUCCCGGACCCGCAGACCGGCCAUCUCCGGAUGCCACCAUCCAUCCGCACCUCUUUUGCCCGUGUCGAGCCGGGUGGCGUCUAUCUGGUGGAUAACGGCCAACAGACGCUGCUGUGGUUCCACGCGCAGACGUCGCCCAACCUGAUUGCGGAUCUGUUCGGCGAGGACAAGACCAGUCUGCAGAGCCUGGACGCGUACACCUCGUCGAUUCCGGUGCUAGAAACGCACCUGAACGCGCAGGUGCGGAACAUCAUCGAGUUCCUGCGCACCAUGCGCGGGUCCAAGGGCCUGACGAUUCAGCUGGCGCGGCAGGGCAUAGAUGGGGCGGAGUAUGAGUUUGCGCGGAUGUUGGUCGAGGAUCGGAAUAACGAGGCGCAGAGCUAUGUGGAUUGGCUCGUGCACGUGCAUAAGGGGGUGCAGCUGGAGGUGAGUGUCCCUUCUCUAGCCUAACCGAGUAGAAAAUCUCGGUUUCCCUUGAAAUCUCGGUUUGCUAACCUGAUACAACAGCUUGCGGGACAGAGAAAACGGGAGGAUUCGAGCGAGUCGUCAGCACUAUCGAGCUUUACGGGGCUAAGGCCUGCCUAUUGGUAGUGUGACAGACGAGGAAGAGCGUCAGAGGGCGAGUAGCUGCAUCCUUACAUCUGGCCCAUGUCAUGACUUAAGUCCGCGUUCCAGACAAGGUGAUAGAUACCAAAAGACGUUUGUCGUCUGUUAUGUUUGGAAAAUCCCUACUUCUCCCAGUUUGUUGCAACUCGGUCUAGCCCUCGACGUGAAUUCAAUUCCUACAAGGUUUUGCCAGCGGAAUACCGGUCCUUGUUGAAUGGUCCCAAUGCUGGUGCCUGGCUCUUAGUGAUGUUUU